AUGUUGCCUAACUUCUUUUUUAAUUGUUUAGCAUUGAGUCAUUUUUAUCUCAAGGAAUGUGAAAUACAUCUUCCACGUUUCUUUAAGGGAUUUAAUAAAUUGAGUAGGCUAAUAUUGAAAUCUGUCACGUUAUCUUCUGAUAUGUUUGAAUGUUUGAUCUCUAAUUGCCCGUUGCUUGAGGAUUUGGUGCAGAAAGACAUAGACAAUCCGUACUUCAUGAGUAUUAAUGCUGUGAAGCUAAGGUCAUUUGUCUUUCGUGGCGAUAUACAAUUGAUACAUCUUGAAAAUGUCCCUGUUCUUUCCAAUGUUCUGUAUGCGCCUAGAGAAUUAGUUCUAGAGGACCAAGAUGAUUUUGUCAAUAUUUUUUCGUCUAUUCCUGCUCUCGAGUGGUUCAGCUGGAAUCUUUUUGAGGUCGAUAAUGGAUCAACUAAAGUUAUACCAACAAGGCUUCCAUCAGUUUGUAACUGUCUGAAACGCCUAUUCAUGUCUUGGAUUACUCUUGAAGAGUUUUUUGAGCUUUCGUUUGCUCUUUGCAUAGUACGGAGCUCUCCAAAUUUGGAAGAAAUUAAAAUUAAGGAAUGUAUCCUUAGUGAUGGAUAUUAUUUCGAAUGUGUGCCCCAGGAGGUUGUUGAUGAGAUUCCUGCAAGCUUUUCGAAUAUCACAUUUAAUCAUAUGAGAACAGUUAAAUUUUAUGAUGUACUAUUAGAAGAGGUUGAAAUGCAGCUUAUCAAGGUUUUAUUGGCAAAGUCUACAGCACUGGUGAAAAUGGUAAUCAAGCAUCGUCAAAUGGAAACUAACAAAUCUCUCAACGUACUCGCGGAGAUAACAAAGUUUCAACGGGUAUCAUCUAAAGCAGAAGUUUUGUAUCUUGUUUAUUAG